CGAGGCAGCGGCAAACCCGAGCACCGCUCCGCACCGCACCGCGAAGCCGAGCGAAACCGCGAGCGCGCGCCCGCCCGCGUGCAUGCGCGCUGCCGACGAAUAGAAGGAGAUAGAGGUGGUCACCGCGCCAGAGGUGAUCACCGUCCCGCGGCGGGCGCGCGGGCGUACGACAAGCCGAGCCAGCCCACGGUGCGCGGCGGGGAGGGGAGCCGAGCUUGCGUAUCAUAAUACUACAGGCGGACGCACCGCAACUACCAUUGCAGCCCCCACCGAGAGCAGCCCCGGGUUAUUUUUAUUCUUCUUCUUCUUCCUCCUGCACGUCUCGCGGGCGGGCGCGGGGCGCGGGGAGCGGCCAUGUGGACGCCGUCGCGCGGGAGCAACGCGCGGCGGGCCGGCCACCGGCGCAUCGCGGAGUGCCUCGCGGACGACCAGACCACCAACACCGACACCUCCGACAACGAGUCCUUCACCACCGCCUAUGGGGACGAGUUCUUCGCCGCGGCCGCCGGGGGGAGCGGGGGCGGGGGCAUGCUCCCGGCAUUCCUCGCCGACCAGGAGGACCUGGUGGAGGUCAUGCUGGAGCUGGACGAGGAGUCCAUGGUGGUGCGCAGCGUCACGCCCACCAGGGCCGCGCUCUACAGCGCCGCCGCGAUGCCGCACACGCCGGAGGCGCCGGGGGGAGGAGCUGGCGGCGCCCUCAGCCGCUGCUCGUCCACGUCCUCGCGGAUACGGAAGAAGUUCGCGUGGCUGCGCUCGCCGUCCCCCGCGCCCUCGCCCUCGCCGCGCGUGCCCACGCCCGCCGAGCUGCAGCGGGAGGCGGCCAUGGCGGCCCGCGAGCGGCGCCGCAUCCAGGCGCGGGUCAACCGGUCGCGCGCCGGCGCCAAGCGCGCCCUCAAGGGCCUCCGCUUCAUCAGCCGCACCACCGGCUCCCUGGAGGCCGCCGAGCUCUGGCGCCGCGUGGAGGAGCGCUUCAACGCCCUCGCCCACGACGGCCUCCUCUCCCGCGACAACUUCGGCGAAUGCAUCGGUACUACACCAUCCCACCCCACUCUGUUUCUUUCUUGGCAACAACUGCGCUCUGUACCCCCAUCCCAUUGUGCAACCAUUAAUGGCGAUGUUCUUGGCCAUGCCUGUGGAUCAUCAGGAAUGGUGGACUCCAAGGAGUUCGCGGAGGGCAUCUUCGACGCGCUGGCGCGGCGGCGGCGGCAGAACCUGGAGCGGAUCACCAAGGAGGAGCUCUACGACUUCUGGCUCCAGAUCUCCGAUCAGAGCUUCGACGCGCGGCUCCAGAUCUUCUUCGACAUGGUGGACACCAACGUGGACGGGAGGAUCACGAGGGAGGAAGUACAGGAGCUGAUCGUUCUGAGCGCGUCGGCGAACAAGCUCGCGAAGCUCAAGGAGCAGGCGGAGGAGUACGCGUCGCUCAUCAUGGAGGAGCUCGACCCGGAGAACCUCGGCUACAUUGAGCUGUGGCAGCUGGAGACGCUGCUGCUCCAGCGCGACACGUACAUGAACUACAGCCGGCCGCUGAGCACAGCGAGCGGCGCGCAGUGGAGCCAGAACCUCGGCGUGGGCACCAGCGGGGCCGCGGCGGCGGCGGGCGGCGCCGCCAACAAGGGAGAGGACGACGACAGCGGUCCGCAGACGUGGGGGGAAGGGAUGAGGGAGCGGCGGCGCGGGUGGGGCCGCGGCGUGGCCAAGGCGGCGUCCCACGUGCGCGUGGCGGCGGAGGAGAACUGGCGGCGCGCGUGGGUGCUGGCGCUGUGGUUCGCGGCCAUGGCGGCGCUGUUCGUGUGGAAGUUCGUGCAGUACCGGCGCACGGCGGCGUUCCAGGUGAUGGGGUACUGCCUGCCGACGGCCAAGGGCGCCGCCGAGACGCUCAAGCUCAACAUGGCGCUCGUCCUCCUCCCCGUCUGCCGCAACACGCUCACGUGGCUCCGCUCCUCCUGGGCCCGCUUCUUCGUCCCCUUCGACGACAACAUCACCUUCCACAAGAUGAUCGCGACGGCGAUCGUGGUGGGGAUUACGCUGCACGCGGGGAACCAUCUGGCGUGCGACUUCCCGCGGGUGAUCGCGUCGGGGCCGGAGGAGUACCGGCUGGUGGCGGGCGCGUUCGGCGCGUCCAAGCCGACGUACGGGCGGCUCAUCUCCGGGGUGGAGGGCGUGACGGGCAUCGCCAUGGUUGUGCUCAUGACCGUCUCCUUCACCCUGGCCACGCACCCGUUCCGCAAGGGCGAGAAGGAGGCCUCUGCUUCGCGGCUGCCGGCGCCCCUCAACCGCCUCGCCGGCUUCAACGCCUUCUGGUACUCCCACCACCUCCUCGGCUUCGUCUACCUCCUCCUCCUCGCCCACGGCUACUUCCUCUUCCUCGUCCGCCGCUGGUACGAGAAAACGACAUGGAUGUACAUUUCUGUCCCUCUGGUGCUCUAUGUCGGCGAAAGGAUGCUGCGAGCCUUGCGGUCGAAUGCUCACCCUGUCAAAAUCCUCAAGGUGUUGCUUCUACCUGGAAGUGUACUGACAAUACAAAUGUCAAAGCCCUACGGAUUUCGAUAUAGGAGUGGACAAUAUAUCUUUCUUCAGUGUCCGAUGAUCUCUCCAUUUGAAUGGCAUCCUUUCUCCAUCACCUCAGCUCCUGGAGAUGACUACCUCGCUGUUCACAUUCGCACAAACGGAGACUGGACGCAAGAGCUCAAGCGCAUAUUUGUCGAGAACUACUUCACGCCGCACAUGAACAGAAGAACUUCAUUCAGCGAGUUAGGCGCGGCAGAACCUAGACCCACUCCCGCACCAAAGUUGCUCGUAGAUGGUCCAUAUGGUGCCCCUGCACAGGAUUUCAGAAACUACGAUGUUCUGCUUCUAGUUGGCCUUGGAAUUGGAGCAACACCGUUCAUAAGCAUUCUGAAGGACCUACUUAACAAUAUUAAGCUAGCUGAUGAGCUUAUGGACUUGGCAAUGGAGACUACUCAAACUAGUAGGUCUGAGGACAGUGCCAACAGCUUCAGUGUCUCAACUGCUAGCAGCAACAGGAAGAGAUCAUAUAGAACAAGCCGUGCACAUUUUUACUGGGUUACUCGCGAGCCCAUGUCAUUUGAAUGGUUCAAAGGAGUGAUGAAUGAGGUUGCCGAAAUGGACAAGAAGGGUGUCAUAGAGUUGCACAAUUAUCUUACGAGCGUGUACGAGGAGCGUGAUGCACGAACAACUCUGUUGUCGAUGGUCCAAGCUCUAAACCAUGCCAAACAUGGUGUCGACAUCGUCUCGGGCACCAGGGUGAGGACACACUUUGCCAGGCCAAACUGGAGGGAAGUCUUCACCAAAAUCGCCGCCAAGCAGCCGAAUUCAACAGUUGGAGUGUUCUACUGUGGCGCUCCGACGCUGGCCAAAGAACUGAAGAACCUGUCGCACGAGAUGAGCCACAAGACGUCGACGCGCUUCCAUUUCCACAAGGAGUACUUCUGAUGGGAAGAAGCAUUGAUUCUUCUGAUCUGCAAAAUAGCGUUAGGCACCGGUAAAGAAGAAGGAAUUUUUUGCACAGAAGCAAAGCAAACUGACCUCUCUCUCUUCCUGAUCUGGAACUGUACAUAGUAUAAAGAAGAACAGCCUGUUAGGGGAGGGUAGUUAGUGCCAUUUAUAUAUUAUUAACAAAAAAGAAAGUAAAGCAAGGCUGCUAUAUCCAAAAGGAGAAGGAAAGAGGCAGGGUAAAGAGUUGGGUUAAAUUUCAGAUAUACUAAUAUACAUGUACACAGUAUAGUUAGGUAGUUACGUAUGAAAUGCUAGCUAAAGCAUAUUUACAAGGGCCGGAGGCUGCCAUUCUGAAUGUAAAUCUUCCGGGCAUUCAUUCAUGUGUGCAUCUGUGCCUGUCGGCUGCUGAUAAUAAACUCCGGUAUGUUGACACUUU